CUGUAUUUGAACGUCUGCGAAGUAUCUUACAUAACUCAGACAUUGAGAAAAGAGUUCAGUACAUGGUGGAAGUUAUGUUUGCAAUCAGAAAAGAUAAAUUUAAAGUGAGAUUUCACAACUUGUGUUUUCUAUAUGUUAUUGUAUCUGGUAUAUCUAUCGUUCAACAUAUGAAUAUGAUUAUGUGCUGUUUAAUUUAACGCAGCGUGUAAAACAGUAAAAACUCUUUGUUCUGUAGUCAGUCGAACCAUUUUUAAUCCAACUGACGGAACUAAUUUCUAAUAAUAGUUUUGAUACCUGUAUGCUCGAUUGCUCGUAAUGCAUUGUAACACCGCGGAAAAACGUCUGCGCAUGCACCAAAUUAUGAAAAUAUGGCGGGGAAUUUGAAUAUCAAUUUCUAAAACAAAAACAUGCUUAUUAUUAAUUGGUCAAAAAUUAGUAAAACAAACGAGAAAAUAUAGCAAAUGGGUAGACUAGACAUUAAUUGAAAGCGUCCUAACAUUUAAAGUAUGGAAUGAAAUAUAAUUCAUGUAAAAAAAUGUUGAUUUUAACGGACACGACUUCGAAAAUUUUUGCAAAAUUAUUCAAAACAAAAAUUCAAACUAAAAAGUUAAGAAAACUCUCGAAAAGUUAAGCUUCUUAACCCACUCAAAUUGUAGAAUAAAUCCUAAAGUUUAAUUAAUGUGAACACGAAAAUUUUUUAUAUUUGGCGACACAGUUUUUUUUAAAGAAAUGUAUCUCAAACGAAAAUUCGGAAAUUGUCAUUGCUUAGUUGAUAAACAAAAUGUUUCAGACGAUAAAUUUGUCAACAAUCACCUUUAGUUCAUGUUCUUGUACAAUACAAUUUCUUGAACCUUCUGGCUGUAUUUAUUUCUAGUUUUUAAAAUGACAUGUUUAUUUUUGCGCUUGAAAUCUGGCUGUAAAGACGCACAAUGAAGUCACUCCUUUUUAUCGCCAUUUUGAGCCUUCGGAAACGUUCGGAACAGCUUCUCAUCAAGUUCGCAAUGCUAUUACAGGUAAGGUUGACGCAUGUGCAGACGUUUUUCCGCGGUGUUCCAAGCGGUAGGCCUAAUGAACUUUUGGUGUUUACAACAAGAGGGAGAUUUCUAAUGGUCGAUUUACACUACACAACUUUUGCCUAAAACUAUCGCAUGCAACUUGCUUACAACUUGAGUUGUACUGUGGAAAUCAUGCACACAACUCACCCACUUUGUACGUCGUAGGUGUUGUGUGCUUGAUUUACACCGUACAACUCAAGUUGUAAGCAAGUUGCAUGCGACAGUUUUAGGCAAAAGUUGUGUAGUGCAGUAAAUCGACCUUAAAGGUCGACGUAUAUGCACGCCUCACGGUCAAUUGCAAAUGGCUGUGCGCAGUCUGCGAGUGGCCUGUAGUUCAUCUAGUUUUUACCAGUGGCGAGGCUAUGCUAAUAAACCUAGCAUGAAGCAAACCAUGCCUAUAAAGCUAGACCCAAGCAUAGUAGCCUGAAAACAGACCUACGUUUCGCCCACCCUAAAAUUCGCGAGUCGACGGAAAGGGCUAGGGCGGGCGAAACGUAGGUCUGUGUUCAGGCUACAAGCAUAGUUAAUAUUAACAACGACCCAAGUCAGUCACCCACCUAGACCUUAACUAGGGCGCUUUCCGGUCAGAACGGUCAAAUUGUUGAAUGAAACAUAAAACGUUUGGGCUUUGGACCUAUCUGACCUGAAAAUUGUGAUAAAAUUAGAAUGAGGUCCAUUUUCGCUAGAUAUUUGCGAAACAUCGACCAGAUCUUUUCAUUGAUACCGAGAGACAAGAAUUCGGGUCUGACCGGUCAGGCCAUUAAAUGGAAAGCGCCCUUAGACUGCAAGGGGCCCUUGGUUUUAAAAAUGCUCUGACCAAUUUAAAGAACCUAUUCAAUUUUAGGCUCUCUCUCAAGUUGGGGCCCUAUUAAGGUGGGGCAAUUUGCCCCCCUCCCCCUUCUCGGUGACCCUGAGCUUUGCCACCAGUUUUUACACCCAGAGACUGAUGAUAUGUUUAAUAAAUCGUUGUUCAGGAUCAUCCCUCGGUGGUCGAAGAACUGGACGUCGUUGACGAGUCGGAUCAAAUUACUCAUCUCUUGCGGUUAGAAGAAGCUGGGAAAACUGAAGAUAUUUUAAGUAAGUCAUGA